AAUUUCACCUCAAUACAUAAAGAGAGUCUAGUUGUGUUUUGUGGUUCUUAUUCAAGCUCCAACAAUUGAGGAGCACCACACCAAGAAACACAUAGCUAGCAUAUACUCAAAUUAAUUCUCUGUCCAUAUAUAUAUUACAAGGACUAUUACAUAUUUACAUAUAUAUUAGAACUUUGUGAUAAAAACAUUAGGAAAAUUAAAUGGAGUCUAAGAUUAAGACUUUAGAAGUGCUUCCAUUUAUAAUUAUGGUGAUUAUGGAAGGGUGCACCAUAGGACUAACUAUUUUAGCAAAAACUGUAAUAACAAAUGGAAUGAGUCCAUUUGUGUUUAUUGUUUAUACCAAUGCUUUGGCCACUAUAAUUUUGUUUCCUACUUCUUUUUUAUUAAACCCCCAAAACAGAAAGGAGAAGCCACUUUUUACUUUCUCUUUGUUUAUGAGAUUCUUGUUUCUGGGGUUUACAGGAAUAACUAUGACUCAGACACUUUUAUUUCUGGGUCUAAGCUAUAGUUCUCCAAUACUUGUAUGUGCCAUGAGCCACUUGAUCCCAACCUUUGGUUUCCUACUCAAUAUCAUUCACAGGAAGGUAGAGUUGAAUUUAAGAAACUCUGGUAUCCAAGUCCAAAUAAUUGGAAUGAUGGUAUCAUUAAUGGGAGCAAUAGUUGCUGAAUUUUUCAAAGGGCCACUUAUAAGACCCUCUUCUCACAAUCUUAAAUACACUAAGCAACUUUUUUUCUUCUCAUCAACACCUGAAUUUUGGGUUUUUGGUGGCAUUUUACUUGCUGCUGCUUCCUUUUCAGUUUCAAUUGCCAACUUUAUUCAGAAAGAAACUGUUAAACAAUAUCAAGAACCAAUGAAGAUGGUUUCUUAUUAUACCUUGCUUGGAACAAUUUUUAGUGCAAUAGUCUCAUGCAUAUUUGAGAGAGAUUUAAAUGCUUGGAUGCUAAAGCGUAACAUGGAACUCAUUCUCAUUGUUCUAACCGCAAUAUUUGGGGGUGUGAUUCGUCCGAAUAUUCAAGUUUGGUUGAGCAGAAUGAAGGGUCCACUUUAUGUACCACAAUUCAAGCCAUUUGGUAUUGCUUUUGCCACCACUUUUGGAGUUUGCUUUUUUCCUAAUAGCCUUCAUUAUGGAAGUGUGAUAGGAGCAAGUGUAAUUGGAAUGGGGUAUUAUACAAUAUUAUAUGGAGAAUUCAAAGGAGAUGAAGAUGAGAAAAGUAGUGACGAAAACUCAGAUUCUUUGGACAAGAAGAUUCCUCUUUUGCAAGAAGAUAUGCAAGUGUAAAUAAAUCAGUAGCUUCAAAGUGGACUUCCAGAAACUUCCACUAUUCUAAUGUACAAUUGUCAAAUACAAUACAAGCUGCAUAUCAUUUCAAACUUUUUUUUUUUGUGAAAAAAUUAUUUCAAUUAGAUUGUGAUAUAGGUCUCUCCUUUGUUGCAAUAUUUUUUUUUUUGUUACAAUAGAGGGUUUGUUGCAAAUAUUUUUAUUACCAUAUAUUUACUGCUGCAACUGUGUGUAAAUCAUGAAACAUUCAAAGUCAUACGUUGAGAAAAGGUGUAAUUUGAGAUCUCUCAAUUUUCCUUCUAUCAUAAAAUUUGUAACUGUAUAUA